UUUACUAUAAGCAUAAUUCGUGUUUUAGUAUCGUAUCAAACGUGUGCGAUGCAGCCUAAUAGUGUUUCGUGCGUUUUUGCGCUGUCGAUCGCGACAGCAUUGAUUUUGGUAACUACCACGAAUGGUAUCGAAAUAGGGCACACCGACAAAAAUGUCGAAAACAUCGUUGCUAGAAAACAAGCAAGCAAAGAAAACAUUAAUCCUGGAGAAAACGACAAACAGUUUUGGAACAAUGUUGGAAACGAUCUUCUGCGGAAUAAAUUGAAUUUGGAACGGAAGUACGGCGUGGCCAAGAACGUGAUUUUCUUCAUCGGCGACGGUAUGUCUAUAGCCACGUUAACCUCAGCUAGAAUAUACAUGGGACAGCAAGAAAACAAGACAGGAGAAAAUGAAAUGUUAUCGUUUGAGAAGUUUCCGUUUACUGGUCUUUCGAAAACCUACUGCGUGGACAGCCAAGUCGCCGACUCGGCUUGCACGGCCACGGCGUACCUGAUGGGCGUGAAGGGUAACAUCGAGACCAUUGGCGUGUCCGGCGCAGUGUCUAACCGGGACUGCCUGGCCAGCAACGAUCCCGCAAACCAAGCAGUGUCCAGCAUGAUGUGGGCGCAAAAGGCGGGCAAGAGGACAGGUGUGAUAUCCAACAUGAGAGUUACGCACGCUACGCCGGCCGGCGCUUACGCAAACGUGGCGCAACGGGACUGGGAGUGCGAUGCUGACGUGAUCACGGACAAAUUGGCCGAAAAACGGUGCGCGACAGAUUCGCCUGACAUUGCCCGUCAGCUGAUCGAGAGAGAAACGGGGAGAAACCUGAAUGUAGUAAUGGGGGGUGGAAGAGCAAAAUUUUUACCCAAGACAGAUGAAAAUCCACAAGGACAGAGACAAGAUGGCAGGGAUUUAAUUAAUGAAUGGUUAAAGAUAAAUCGCUCUUCUCAGGCAAGUAGUGCCUAUGUUACCGAUCGAUCCCAAUUGAAAUCUCUGAAUACCAGCAAAACAGAUUAUCUUCUUGGUCUGUUCGCGCCUAGUCACAUGUCUUAUAACCUGUUGGCUAACAGGUCCGUGGAACCCACGCUUGUAGAAAUGACGGAGGCGGCUAUCGAGGUGCUGUCUAAAGGCGAUGCUGGUUACUAUUUGUUCGUCGAGGGUGGACUCAUCGAUUGGGCGCACCACAGUAACAUGGCGCGGUUGGCGGUCGACGAAACGGUCAUGUUAUCGAGGGCUGUGGCACGAGCUAGAGAGUUGACGUCUCCGGAUGACACGCUGAUCGUGGUCACGUCUGACCACUCACACACGAUGACCAUGAACGGUUACCCGCACCGCGGUAGCGAUAUUUUAGGACACCCGGAAAAAUCCUCCGUUGACAAGAUGCCGUACUCAACGCUCAGCUACGCCAACGGUCCGUCCGCCAAAGAACGGUACAACUUGACCAUCGACGACGAAAAUAUAAGUCUACCUCAGUAUCAGUUUCCGUCGAUGGUAAACUUAUCGUGGGAGACGCAUGGUGGUGAAGACGUCGGAGUCUUUGCUUCAGGUCCAUGGGCUCACCUGUUCGUCGGAAAUUAUGAACAGAACUUCAUACCUUACGCAAUAAGUUACGCAGCUAAUAUGGGACCAGGAGCUGAACACGAACGGAAACACGCCAAUUCAUCGAGUACGAAGAUUUCGGUCGGUCCAUCGUUGUUACAGUCCGUUUUGCUAGCCACAUUCACGGCACUCAUCGGGCUCUUACUUUAGUAACUAUAAUAAUAUUACCUAAAUUAUGGUAUAAUAUUAUUUAGUCGACUUCUGACUAAAAAACGCGUUGUUGCAGUGGCGUAUACAAUUUACUUAUGUUUUUUUUUUUUAUGGGGGGAGUGAAAGGGGGUGUUAGCAGAUAUGAUACAGUCUAUCACACCAUUUGUUUUACUAUUGAUCACACAAAGUACAGAUAUAAUAUUUCUUAAUUGUCAAAUUCAACUUCAAUGUAAAGUAAAUAUAAAAAUGUAUAUAAUAUACAAUCAAAUAAUCAAUAAUAUUCACAGUAUAACGGGUAUGAUUUAAAUCGGGUAAUGAUUUCUAAUUUUAGAAGAUGCUCAAUCACCAAAAAAAUAUCAAACAAAAUAUAUACUGUAUACUCGUACAUAUUUAUAUUUAAAAUGUUAUCACAAAUAACUAUUUAAAAAUAAGUAUUAUUACCUAUACGCAUAUAAUAAUUUAUAUUUUUAAAUAAAUUUAAUUUUAUAGUAAAUAUAAAAAGUAUAUUAUGUACCUAACAAAUAUCUAAAUUGUGUAUGAUGAAAACGAAACCUAUCUAAACAAUUCUAGACACAUAACAUGAGUACCACAUCUAUAGUAGAUAUAUAUGUAUGGUACACUAAAGUACACUGAUUGAAAAUAAAGAUAUAUAUUGGA